AGGGUCGGGGGCACAUUAGCUUCUUGGACGAGUCUUUCGGCCCCACUGUCAGGUAGUUGAGGAUCUGUGAGUCCUGAGCAGCAGACAUGGACAUGGCAGACUACAGCGAGGCCCUGGACCCGGCCUACACCACGCUGGAGUUCGAAAACAUGCAAGUGCUGCCCUUGGGCUCAGACUCUUCACCGGCAGAAAGCACCAACAUGAACGCCAGCGGCCACCUGGCAGCGGGCAGCCUCUGCGCCAUCUGUGGAGACCGAGCCACGGGCAAACACUACGGCGCCUCCAGCUGCGACGGCUGCAAAGGCUUCUUCAGACGCAGCGUCCGCAAGAAUCACAUGUACUCGUGCAGGUUCAACAGACAAUGCAUCGUGGACAAAGACAAGAGAAAUCAAUGCAGAUACUGCCGGCUGAAGAAAUGCUUCAGAGCCGGCAUGAAGAAAGAAGCCGUGCAGAACGAGCGAGACAGAAUCAGCACCAGGAGGUCCAGCUAUGAGGACAGCAGUUUACCAUCCAUCAACGCACUCAUCCAGGCCGACAUGCUGUCCAGACAGAUCACCUCCCCCGCUCCCCUGCUGAACGGAGACAUCAGGACCAAGAAGAUCGCCGCCAUCACGGACGUGUGCGAGUCCAUGAAGCAGCAGCUGCUGGUCCUGGUGGAGUGGGCCAAGUACAUCCCGGCCUUCUCUGACCUGCCCCUGGAUGACCAGGUGGCGCUGCUGCGAGCUCAUGCCGGAGAACAUCUCCUGCUCGGUGCUGCAAAGAGGUCCAUGCUUUACAAAGAUAUCCUCCUGUUAGGAAAUGACUACAUCGUUCCGAGGAACUGUCCGGAGCUGGAGGUGGGCCGGGUGUCGGUGAGGAUCCUGGACGAGCUGGUGCUUCCCUUCCAGGAGCUCCAGGUGGACGACAACGAAUACGCCUGCUUGAAGGCCAUCGUUUUCUUUGACCCAGAUGCCAAAGGUCUGAGUGACCCUGGAAAAAUCAAGCGGAUGCGAUACCAGGUGCAGGUGAGCCUGGAGGACUACAUCAACGACCGGCAGUACGACUCGCGAGGCCGCUUCGGGGAGCUGCUCCUGCUGCUGCCGACUCUGCAGAGCAUCACCUGGCAGAUGAUCGAGCAGAUCCAGUUCGUCAAACUCUUCGGGAUGGCCAAGAUCGACAACCUGCUGCAGGAGAUGCUCCUCGGAGGCUCUGCCAGUGAAGCUCCACACGCACCUCACUGUCUGCACCCCCACCUGGUGCAAGAGCACCUCAGCAGCAACGUCAUCGUGGCCGGCAACAUACCAACGCCCAUCCAUAACGGUCAAAUCUCCACUCCUGAAACCCCGAUCCCGUCUCCGCCUGCUGCCUCCAGCUCAGAACAUUAUAAAAUGGCUCAGGGGGUCAUAGCCACUGCGCCGAAGCAGCCAACCUCAAUCCCUCAGCCCACCAUUACAAAACAAGAGGCCAUCUAACAGCCCUCUGAAUACUUAUUCCACCAGUUUUUAUAUUGUGUUAGAUCAUUAAAAUGUAAGUUUAUACACAAUCAGCAUUGAAGCUGUUAAAGUGACUGAAACAAUGAGGUAGCUACACAUUCAGAAUGUGAUUGCGAUGACGUCCCUUGCAGAUUCUGAGUCUUCAGGGAUCUCUCUGCUCUCGCAUGCAGGUGCAGAGGAGCUGCACCGACAGACACACAAAACCAUCAGCAUUGAAAGGUUCCAGGAGAACUGUCGGUCUGUGAGAUCGACACUUUGAGACACACAAUGUUGUACAUAGAGUUUGUUAUUGGGUAACAUCACAUCAUUAGCAUGGCCUCAGUGUGCAGAGCGGCUUUUGUCCGGCGUGGUGAUCACUACUUUAUGAAUGUUACAAUAGGCCUUACACUGUCAUGUAUUUAGUGUUGCACAGUAUUUUUAUUUUAUGUUCAUUGGUGAUAAACUGUUUUCAGGCACGAGCUCAGAAAGCGUAACGUGGUGGUCUCCGAAAGAUUCUGUGACAAGACUCAAAUGUAUGUGGUUGGUUUUAUAAAUGCCGGAAAAUGCAUAUUUACAAAAGUACAAUUUAACAUGUUGAAAUUCUCUGUGGUGCCACUUUGUAAAAGUCACACACAGACACACUGAGGACGUUUCCCGAUGAUGUGUUGUAUUGGUUUUUAAAAUAUAUAUUAUAUUUUUUGUUUAGUACUUUGUCAUGGUUUAGCUGAUGGAAUUAAUUGUGCCUUGUAACCUGUACUGCCUUUUAAAAACAGGCAAUGUUUCGCCUUACAAUGUGAACAGGAAAUAAUAAAUCUCAAGAUCUAUUUUUA